UACUCAGUUCAGUAAUAUACGGUAAUUGCCGAAAAACGGACUUUUUGCGUUUUCGUGUAAUUGUUUUUAGUGUUUUACUGAUCGUAAUGAGAAAGGAUAACUGACAAUAAUGGAUGAACACGACCUCUCCCGAACAACAGGCUUUGUGCCACAUCAGGUAGCUGGCCUGGAACUGCUCACCAGAUAUUCUAUGAACACGGCCAGGGCCACCAGCAUUUUAUCGUCGUUAGCCGACUUUAGGAAUAAGGAAAAUGAACAAACAGGUGGUAAACAGUGGAACUGGCAAUAUUUAAGGGAUCAAUUUUUCCAGAAAGAACUGGAAGGGUUAUAUAGGAAAUAUGACGACAAAUUAAGGGAAUCACUUAUUUAUAUUUAUAUUACAUUAUUAUUGACUUUCUCAACAGUACAUAUUGUUUUAGUUGUCGUGUAUACGUAUUCAGAGGAAGUUCAAUCACAAUCAACGUAUUUAUCGAUGGGGAUGUACGUUCUGAGGAUCACUUUACCGAUUUUAUGUCUUUGGAAAUGUUUCUAUGAUCCCAACCGGAAAAAAUGGUUCUGGAUGCCAAUCGUUGUGUCCUUUAUUAUUAUUGUAGAUCUUGUCGUUACUGACGUUACGGUUCCAAUACACAGCGUUUCAGAAGGGAUCGCAUUACGACCAGCAUACUCUACCACGGUGUUAUUAUCAAUAUAUGUAUUUCUACCAUUGAGGAAUAACUACCUAGUCAUAAUUCUAGGAGUGUUAGUGAGCACUGUAUAUGUACUAAUCUACGCAUUCUUCACAUAUUACAAAAAUCCUCAGAUUGGAGUUGUGAUCGCUUCGGACAUAAUCUAUAUGGUAGGUGUCAACAUAAUGGGUACAUACUUCAGGCUAAUGAAUGAAAUUGUAACAAGAAGAUCAUUCCUCGAUAGGCAAGCAUGUGUCGAAAGUACUUGGCGACUGAAAUUUGUAAAGUCUCAAGAGGAGCGCCUUAUGUUGAGUAUUUUACCAGAACACAUUGUAUCCAAAGUUCGACAAGACAUCAGAUCCAUAUACCUUAGUUUACAAUCGCACGAUCUCGUUCAUAAUAUCAAAUCAUUCAAUGAUAGAUAUGUAGAAGAACAUGAUAAUGUCAGCAUAUUGUAUGCCGACGUCGUAAAUUAUACCAGAAUUUCCACCACCUUAUCUCCAAUGAGGAUGGUAGAAUUACUGAAUGAGCUUUUUGGGAGAUUUGACGAAGCUUCUGAGGAGCUCGAUGUUCUUCGCAUAAAGUUUCUUGGCGACUGCUAUUAUUGCGUUAGUGGUAUACCUAAGCCCAACGCGCAGCACGCAAAGAACUGUGUAGACCUAGGACUGGAAAUGAUUCAUAUCAUCAAGGACGUAAGAGAAAAGCGAUCGUUAAACAUCGAUAUGCGGAUAGGCGUGCAUUCAGGCAGGAUCCUAAGCGGAUUGAUCGGCAUUAGAAAAUGGCAAUAUGAUAUCUGGUCUAAGGACGCUACUAUUGCCAACAAAAUGGAGUCUACAGGACAAGCUGGGAAAGUACAUGUAACUAAACAGACUCUUGAAUUGCUGCAAGGUUCUGCUAGAGAAUACGUAAUUGAACCGAAUUCUGCUUGUCAAAAUGAUGUAUUUAUAACAAAAAACAAACUAGAAACUUAUCUACUAUCACGACCUUCAAUGCCCGUCGACUAUAAACCCUUUCAUAGAGCUUCAGUUGGUUUAAAUAGAAUCAUUAGCAAAACAACCUCGAGAUUAUCGGAAAGAAGAAAUUUAAACCACAGACGUACUACGUCAUUCAUUGAUGACAACUUAGUGGAGUAUCAGCUGAUGCUGAAGGCAGCAGACGCUCAAAUGGCGAAAGAAAUUGAAGAUAUGACCAGUGGAAGAAAUCAAAUAAUGAGUGAAUCCAGACUGAACAAAAUAACACUGAUGUUUAAAAAUUUCGAUAUGGAGAAGUCUUUUCUUCUACAAGCAGAUCCACUGUUUAAGUACUACAUUACAUGCUGCCUCUUCAUUCUUUUACUGACAUUCCUAAUUAAUGGCCUUACUACCGACUGGUUCAAUGGCUUUCACUGGUAUACUUGGACUCUUUUUGGAGCACUGAUACUAAUAUUGCUUGCCAUGCAGCCUCUAACCUGGUUUCAUAUCAUAUGGUUAAAACAUAACGGCAUCGAAGAACCAAAAAAUCCAUAUCUCCGUUCUAUUUACGACCUGUCAAUAAAUAUAAUAAGAUCUGCUAAAAUAAGAACAGCAAUAUAUAUGAUUAUCAGUACAGGACUUGCUGCGAUGUCGAUCGUUAAUGUAAUUGGAUGCACUGAAGUGGAAGUUGAACCUUCAACGAAGACUGUGCUAUCAAACUGCGUCUCGCCUUGGCACGUUACCCAGUGCUGGGGAUUGGCACUAUUAUUAAACUUUCUAUUCAGUCGAGUUUUCUUCAUCUUUAAAUGGAUUGUCGCUGGUGGAAUGACAACAUUCUAUCUAUGGAUGGUGUGGGGAAUGAAAACUGAUUUAUUUGCCGCUGACGUCACAUGGAACGUAGGACUCGAUCCUAGAGUCUCACAUACAUUAACUGUUGUAUCAAUAACUUUAACGUUAUAUUGGAUAGAUAGAAUGACAGAAUUUAGAAACAGAUUGGACUAUUUGUGGCAAGUACAACUUGGCGAGGAACAGCAAGAAGCAGAAACUAUGUUGAAAGUCAAUAACAUGCUUUUGGAAAAUAUACUACCAGGGCACGUGGUACAAGUUUAUUUGAACAUGAACAGAUCAAUAGACGAACUAUAUUACGAAAAAUAUGAUAAUGUAGCAGUUAUGUUCGCAUCGCUUACUGAUUAUAAAUUAGGAGUAGAAGAUGAUGCAGAUUUGAGCGACAAAACAGUGUUGGGUAUGCUAGACAGUGUCAUAUCCGAUUUUGAUAGGUUACUAUUAACCGGAAGUUCAGCCUACAAAGUAGAAAAAAUCAAAAUGGCAGGAUGGACAUACAUGGCUGCUUGCGGUUUAGAUCCCAGCAAAAGACAGUCAUUUGAUUCAACAUCAAUAAACUCUAAUAUUAAAAAUCAAAAUACAAUAUAUAAUCGUGCUAUAAUAAUGACGAUGCUAGAAUUUGCAGCCGCAAUGAUGAGGAAACUGCAGGACUUUAAUCGUGGAUCAUUUCAGAGCUUCGAAGGGCUGAAUUUGAGAAUCGGUAUAUCUAAUGGAGAAGUAGCAGCCGGUGUAGUAGGGUCUUCUAAACCAUUGUAUGACAUAUGGGGUCACGCUGUCAAUAUGGCAUCUAGAAUGGAUUCUACUGGAGAAACAGGAAAAAUACAAGUGACAGAAAACACUGCUUUAAUUUUAGAGGAUUGUGGCAUUCUGACAACAUAUCGAGGAGAGACAUUAGUAAAAGGAGCUGGUUAUAUAAAGACGUAUUAUGUUCCCCUUGAUGAACAUUUAAAUCCCGUGAGAAUAGAAAAAAGUAAUGAUUAUUACAAACGUAUAGAAAAAAAGAAUCAGUAUGAAAUUCGAGAUAGUAUUUAUAGCUAUACUUCAUCUGAAUGUGAGGUUUCCGAUACACAAUCACAAAAUAUAACUCACAACAUUGAAGUGACAUCUGACACUGUUGAUUCAAAUGACGGUACUGAAUCCGAAGGUAAUAUGGAAAUCAGUGGACAUAACGUGGAUGAUAGCAAGGGCAUUUCACCACGGAACUCUAAUAAUAUAAGUAGUACUGAUAUUAUUGGUAAAGUUAUAGAAAUGGACAAACAUGUCGAUAGCAACAGAAAUGACAAUUUUAAUACUAAGGCUAAUAUUGUCGAUAACAAUAAUCAUGAUAUAAGAACUUUUGCUGUAAUUGAAGUUCCAUCACACACACAGGAUCCUAUUCUGGUGCCGAAUAACGCUUUUAUAUCUGACCAAAUUGAAAGUAGUUGCAAGAUAGAAGUAACUGAUUUAUAAGACUGACUACAAUGAUGUAUUAUUGUAUAUAACAAAUAUAUAUUAGUGUAUAUAACAAAUCUUAAUAAAUACAUUCAUUAUUAUAUUCCUUCAUAAUGUUUAAAAUUAUAUAUAUUCCUUGUUACUAGAUAGAAAGUAAUUAUUAAAAAAAAUAAGUAUUACUCUACUACAGAAAAAUCUCUACUAUUAUAAGAAUAACAAAAUUAUUACAUUACAUAAUUAUGUAUAGUAUAAAAUGUACAAUAACUUAGAAUUGCUAAUACGUAUGGCCUAACAUUAGUUAGCAUUUACACUAUCAUAGUGUAAAUGCGAAAGUAAGAUUAUUUGUUCGUUUGUUAUGCUUUCACGUCGAAACCGCUGGAUCGAUUAUGAUGAAAUUAGGUAUAGAAAUAGCUGUGACUCUAGAGAUGGUUAAAGGCUACUUUUUGAUAUAUUUGAUAUGUAUGAAAUAAUUUUUAUAUGAAACUUUUUAUUGCGUAGUGUGAUUUGCUUCAAACUUUUUGGAAUUAUUGUUGUUAAUUCAGAAUUAAGAUACACAUUUCUUUUUUUUUUUUCAAACAAAUCCUUAAAGGGUGAAAUAGUUUUAGCAAUUCAUAUUGAAAAAUCAUAUUUAAAUUAUUACAUAUAGCUAAUUCAGUUCUUUCCAUUUAUUCCUUCAAGGUAAUUAACAAAAUUGUCCCUACAAGUUUUUACACAGUGAAAUCACAUAAAAAUGUAAUUUUUGCUAAUAUUUACAUUGAGUUUUAUAACAAAUCGAUAGAUAGCACUGAGUAACCUUCAUUUUGUAGUUUGUAUAGAUUGAUUAAGUGACUUUUACCUAGGCAAGGGUAAUACCUUAUUUUGUAAUAUUGAAUCGUUACUAUGUAUUCUGUUUGAAUAUACAUACAUAUAUCAAAA